UAGGGCCGACGAGUUCACGAGGAACCACGUCGCUAGCAGUAUCACCGUAGCUUGGAUCAGCUGCCUCCGCCUGGCCAUUUUGGGACUCGUCUAUGUGUGUACGCGUUGUCUGUUGGUAGUUUCUGUUUGCCUCGGCGAUGUCAUCAUCAGUAUUUAAAGUUCCAAAGAGUUCUGCUCGUUCCAUUAGUCAAAGUCGAGUCAACGAAUGUUAGAUCCGCUCAGGAGGUAUAGUAACAGCGAAAUACACCAUCAUCCACAGUGUUUAGAUUGGCUUAAAACGAGACGCGAGAAUAUGUGGUUCAGGGUGCGAAGGAGUAUCUGCAAAUUCCACGGCGAAGACCAGAGGUCUCGCGCCGUGGAUUAAGGGGAAAACGACGACACGUCCAUGUCCAAAACAGAACUGGUGCUCAAAAACAGAGCUGGGCUUCAUCUCCCCCUCUCUGUAUCACUUAAACAGACCUGUAUAGCCUAGCUGGUUUGUCAUCCCGGUCCAACCAGCCAAUGCGUGUUCCGUUCACUCGUCAAGUCCAAGUCAAUUUAGCGCAUAAACAUCCAGAGGCAUCGAAGUCCUAAAGCGACAAGAAGUUCAGAUCAGAACAUAGACACACUACUGCCGUGCUACAUGUCACGCCGUGGAUCUGGGGAAGUCACGUCCAUGUCCAACUGUGGAGCAUAGCUCCUCUGCACAGGAUCGACUGCAUCAGAAAAAUCUAGACGAUUUUAUGACAAUUCCAUCCAAUUCAAAACGUUGUAGAGUACCGAAAAAUCAGUUCUGAACCCGGGUGUAGAUGCUCCCGGUUGAAUAAAAAAAUCGAAAAAAUAGCAGACAAAUUAAAAAAUCUGAAAGUUUUGUACAAUGAACAUGAAUAAGUGUUCUAACUGCUCACAAAAAAUCUUCGAGAAAAUACAUAUAUAGUAGUCUAAUGCGGUGGUGUUUGGAACAUUUAGAUUUGUUACUUACAUCACUCCGAUUUCUCUUUUUUGCACAGGCCACUACAUAUGUCUUUUCUCGGAAAUUUUUGUUAUGCAGUUAAACCACUUGUUCCUGUUCAUUGUACAAAAAUUUCAGAAUUUUUUGAAUUUGUUUGCUAUUUUUUUGAAUUUCUUUAUUCAACCAGAGCAUCUACACCCGGGAUCAGAAAUGGCUUGUCCAGUAGAGUACGUGCUACUCAUUACCAUAGUUACGAAAGUUUUUUUUCAAUGAUGUUUCAUUAAUUCAGUCUAUUGUCGGGUGUAUAAUGCUCUCCGCCAUGACCGGGGUUCAGUGUAGCUGAGAAUGCUUCUCGCUCCUCUCCGCUUCUACGCUCGCUCUCCAUGAAAGCUGUGUGUUUUCUUUCGAUAGUGUUCGUGUUGAGCAGCUAAUUGGCACUACAUCAUAAGUCGAUCGGGUCAUUGCAAACUCUGUACGAUACACCUUCCUAUCUCUCCCGUCGUACACAAGCCCAAAGUCCAAAACAAACCGGACCAGCAUCAGCCUUUCCUAGUGUGGACUCCUUAUUCUCUUACAACAACAACUGAUCCAUGUCAUAUAUUAGACGCACUUCAAACUUGAUUGUGCUCGCUACCAAUCAAGAGAUUAAGGCAUCCGCUCGCCGGUUGAGAUCAUCAAAAUAUGGCGGACGUUAACCAAGUUACCAGGACUCCUCGUUUCCCUUGCCAUUGCCGUUGUUGCCGAACGAUACAAUCAUCAUGGAGAUCCUCCCUUACCUGCCGGCCAUGUCGGUCGGUCGCUUCCGCAGCGUGUCGCGCGCGUGGCGGGCUGCGCUCUCGUCGGCGGCUUUCGUUGAGCUCCACCUCCGGCGAGCCAACAGGUCGGGCCAGCCCAGGCUUUUCUUCUGUCCAAGCGAGGUGCCAUCUGGGGAACAAGCCUACUUCCACGUAUGGCAGCUCGGUGGUCCGGUGAAGAAGCUCAUGCCCAAGCACAAGGAGUUCUGGGACCCGGCUCCAAUCACAAGCCCUGUCCGUGGCCUCCUCCUUCUCCGUAGCAAGAGGGGCUACUUCGUGUACAAUCCUUGUACCGGUUCAUCCUUGCUUCUUCCCGACAGCGUAGCACCACUGAAGAUGAGUAUCCGGCACGAGACAUCGACCCAACCCCAGCCACCAUGUUUCUUCGAUAUAUCCUAUGGCAUAGGCUAUUGCUCGGUUACCGCUGAGUAUAAGGUAGUGCGCCUAUUCAGUGACAGCUCCGAAGGCGGUCCACCACCCUGCUGCGAAGUCUUCGUCCUUGACAAGCCGGGUGGCAUCAUCACUUUCAAUGUCACAAAUGAGACCUUUGGUUUGCUGCCCCCGCCACCGCCUCCUGAUGGGGACGAUGUUCUCCUCGAGAUGGUGGAGCUAAAUGGGCGCUUAUGCAUGUGCCAUGGAUUCAUCCGUUUCCGCGAAGCUCGAUACUGCAUAUGGAUGCUGGGAGAUCACGAGCCACGGCGGUGGGAGCAGCUAUUCUGCAUCGAUCUAAGCGCCUGGACGGAACCUGAGUUGAUGCAGAUGAAGGCCCACUUUAUAUUUGCACUCUACGUCUUUAACAAUGACAAUGAUGGGCACCAAAAGAUUAUGUUCGGUACAGGAAACUGCAAGGUGUUCACCGUGGACUCUAAUGGCAGCACAGUGGAGACCCUAUUUAGAGCGGACGACAAAGUCACAUGUAGCUUUGUUGAUUGCGAGCACCCAUCGCUAGGCUUGUUCCAGGAGAGCCUUGUGCCAGUGGGACGAACGGUCAAGGAGAUCAUCUUCUCGUCGCCGGCCGCCAAGGCUUGGUUUCACAUCCUCAAGUGGAUGCCCGCACGCUCUGUUGCCGACUUAAGCUUGGUCUGCAGAGAAUGGCGUGCGAUGGUCAUGACUGAACGCUUUAUACAUUCACAUAUCCUCCAUUCAAACUUGAAUAAAAGCCCUCGGAUCAUGAUGAUCACUACUGUUUCUCGUGGCUGGUGUCUGCGUCAGGUUGAUGUGAGUAAUGCCUUUCUUCACAGUUUUCUGUCUGAGGAUGUCUAUAUGCAGCAACCACCUGGUUUUGAGGAUGCUCGUUAUCCCUCUUAUGUGUGCAAGUUGCAGCGGUCCAUCUAUGGCCUGAAGCAGUCUCCUCAUGCGUGGUAUGCUCGGUUAAGUCAGCGGCUUCAUGAGCUUGGGUUUGUCUCUUCCAAAGCAGACACGUCACUCUUCAUAUUCUCCAGAGAUAGUGUGCAGAUUUAUAUGCUAGUCUAUGUUGAUGAUAUUGUUAUCGCUGGGUCUACUCCUGAGGUUGUUGAUCGCCUUGUCCGGUCUCUGAUGGAUACCUUCCCUAUUAAAGAUUUGGGGAAACUAGAUUAUUUUCUUGGAUUGGAAGCGUCCUACAAUUCGGGGGGGAUGGUGGUAACUCAGCGCAAGUAUGCACUUGAUCUGCUUCAUAGACCUACAGAUGUUCAUUGGGAGGCUGUCAAACGUAUAUUGAGGUAUGUCAAAGGCACAUUGCAAACCGGGCUGUGUUUUCGCAAGUCGGCGUCCACCGGUGUUAGUAUUUUCACCGAUGCUGAUUGGGCUGGAUGUGUGGAUGAUAGACGUUCCACAAGUGGCUAUGCUAUUUUUGUUGGACCUAACUUGGUCUCCUGGAGUUCGAAGAAGCAGCCUACCGUCUCAAGAUCUAGUACCGAGGCAGAAUACAAGGCAUUAGCUAAUGGUGCCGCGGAGGCUAUAUGGAUCAGCUCUUUGUUAAAGGAGCUUGGCGUUCCCAGGCAGCGUACACCUAUUCGGUGGUGUGAUAACUUAGGGGCAACCUACCUCACAGCAAAUCUGUUAAGGGAGUAUCAUUUAGACCUCAGAGAGUUCUGCACGGAGUAUUCCUCAGAGGAGAUCACACCAUUGGCUAUCGACCCAAAGGACGGUCGAAUUUUGCUUAGCACGGGUUGGUCAUUGGGCUACUAUGAUCCUAAGACAGCUACACUAGAGACCAUCUAUAGUUUGGAAAUGCAGGAUGAUGAUGAAAAGUUUUCUCCUAUUAUUUGUGAUGAAAGCUUAGUUUUCACACUUGGGCUGGUGUAAUCUCUAUUGUGUGUGCUCUCUUAUGUUAUAUAGUGAUGAUGAAUUUCCGAGUGUACAAUUUUCAUAUUAAAUAUGUUGUUGCCUCAAACUAUUACAAGAAUAUGCAACUUAUAAGCAAAACUCCUUGUAUCACCAGUUUAGUUUAUUUAUUAUCGCGUGUAUGUUUCAGCAACUAUUUUCUUCAGUGAAUCCUAUUUUCAGCCCGGUUUACAUAUAUUUUGCCUUGCCCGACCUAUGGCGUUACAUCUUUAUCUAUAUUUAGGUGCUACAUAGAGGAUA